AUGCAAAGCAGAAGAAAGUCACUUGGCACAAAUCCCCAAACCAGAACAGGAACAAGUUCACGUACCUUAUGGCACCGGCAGUUGCGUUUAGGAGAGCUUUCAUCUCCACAGUCACGGCUUUUCAAUAUCAAGUUACAAAUAGUUGAAACUGAAGAAUUAUUUUCAUUACCUGAAUGCCAUCGCGACUUAAGUAUCGGUAAACUGAAGAGUCGACUCGAGCUUUUUGUUGGCAUCCCAGUGAAUUUCCAGCGAAUUCAGUACCUGGAUGAAGCAGAUCUUGAUGAUGAAUCUACUUUGAGGAAACAUGAAAUCGUCCCUGGAGCAACUCUCACUAUGAGAGUUUGGCCAGAAGAUUCUUGGGGACAAUUGGUGGCUGCAGCUGCAAGUGGAAAGAUCAAGAAGUUGCAAACCGUAGGAGUUACACAGAGCGCCUCGUUCAGCACCGCAAAUUCGAAGCUGAUGACGGAAGAAACAAGGAAUGACUGGUUAGCGCAUCGAGCAUUUGUGGCUUUAUUUAUGACUGCUCACAGAGGCCACACGAGGGCCAUGGAAUUUUUGCUCCAACAUGGUGCUGAUGUAAAACUUAAAACCCCACUGGGUAGGACAGCCCUUCACGUUGCUGUCACUUCGGGCCAGGUUGAAUGUAUCAGUACCCUCCUUGAAUAUGGAGCCAGGGCCAGUGACGAGGACAAUGAAGGACACAACGCUGUACAGCUGGCCCGGCUGUGGAAACAGAGAGAGAGCGAAAGGAGGCUCUUCCGGCACAGGUGGAUGGUGCGAACAGGUAGAAGCAGCCAACACCAAAACAUCAAAUAG